GCGUACCUGGCUUACAUCAAUGCGAAGAGCCGUGCAGAGGCUGCUCUAGAGGAGGAGAGCCGGCAGAGACAGUCGCGCAUGGAGAAAGGAGAGCCCUACAUGAGCAUCCAGCCUGCGGAAGACCGCGAUGAUUACAAUGAUGGCUUUUCCAUGAAGCACACGGCCACCGCCCGUUUCCAGAGAAAACAUCGCCUCAUCAGUGAAAUCCUCAGCGAGAGCGUGGUGCCCGACGUCCGGUCAGUCGUCACCACCGCUAGAAUGCAGGUCCUCAAGCGCCAGGUCCAGUCCCUCAUGGUGCACCAGCGAAAACUGGAAGCCGAACUUCUUCAGAUAGAGGAACGGCACCAGGAGAAGAAGAGGAAAUUCCUUGAAAGCACAGAUUCAUUCAACAACGAUCUCAAAAGGCUAUGUGGGCUGAAGGUGGAGGUGGACAUGGAGAAGAUCGCGGCAGAGAUUGCGCAGGCUGAGGAGCAGGCCCGCAAGCGGCAGGAGGAGCGCGAGAAGGAGGUGGCGGAGCAGGCGGAGCGUGGCCAGGGUGGCCUGGGCCCCGAGGAGGAGCAAGCGCCCGGCAAAGCCUAGGAGAAGGACGAGGAGAGCCUCCCGAUGGAGACAGAGGAGUCACACCUGGAAGAGGCAGCAGAGAGCCAGCAGAACGGCGAGGAGGGCAUGUCCACACCCGAGGACAAGGAGAGCGGACAGGAGGGCGGCGACAGCCUGGUGGAGGAGGGGACCAGCGACAGCAACACCGGCUCAGAGAGCAACAGUGCCACUGUGGAGGAGCCGCCGUCAGACCCCAUCCAGGAAGAUGAGAAGAAGGAAUAAAUGUUGCCUUGUUUUAUGUGUCCUAAAUACUUUUUUAAAUGAAAAAAAAAUGUUUUCAGUUUUAAUGGUAUUAUGUGGUCUAUGUGUUGUUUGUCCAUAUUGUACCACCAGAGUCUUUGGACCCUGAGCGUCCCAAGCCCAGGGCACAGCCAUGGCCAGCUUUCUAAGGCUGUGAAGAUGGCUCGUCUGGAUCUCAUUGCUUGCCCCAGCUGCUGAAGGGCUCGGAAUCUAGAUUGCGAGACACCCAGCUCUCCAGAGAGUGACCUUCGAUGCUGCAGGACUGCCAGAGGCCUUCUCCAGCUCACUCGGUGCUUACCAAAGCCAUAGCUUUAAACCUGCCCCAUCCCCACUGGCAGCCCCGAGUCCCCUCCUGUGUACGCCUGCAGAGACUCCUAAGGAUCUGGUCGCCUGGGAGCGAGUGUGUUCAC